AUGGGCGCCAACGGCAUUGUGUGCGAGCUUGAUGGGCCGUACCCUGGCAGCAGACACGACGCCGGCAUCCUGGGAGAAAGCGGUCUCUAUGCCAAGCUGCAGCGCCUUACACACGGGUGCCUCUACUGCAUCUAUGGCGACCCAGCGUACCCACUACGGCCCCUGCUGAUGCGACCUUAUGGAGGUGCUACCCUCACCACGCAGCAACAGCUGUUCAACGAGGGCAUGAGCACCGUUCGGCAGGCCGUUGAGUGGGGGUUUGGGAAGGUCAUCGCCGAGUUUGCUUUUGUGGACUUUAAGAAGAAUCAAAAGAUUCUUCUUCAGAAUGUCGGUCAGAUGUACCGGGUGGCGACAUUGCUUACGAACUGCCACACUUGUUUGUACGGCAGCCAAACCGGCAUGUAUUUUGGUCUUUGUGCACCACUUUUAGAGGAUUACCUGGUGCCACGGUUCAACUAAUGUGCUCUUGGUUGGCCGUGCAUAGCUUCACUGUGGACUUGUUCUGUAAUUGGUCUUAAUCAUUUUGUUGUGUUGUUUCAUGCAAUGUUCUGCUCAGUGAGGUCAAUUAUUUUU